UAUCCCUCUUUUUCCACAACUUCUAUUAUACUCUCCCCUCAACCGUCAUUGAAACUCAAGCAUCAAGACCUUCCCUCAUGUCCGCGAACCCCUCGAAAAGGACUCCCCUUUUAAAAGUCACAGAGGAACCGCCUCUCACAUCAUCCGCUGCAAUAAACCUGAUAGAAGACAAGUUGAAGGAAAGAAAAACAGGCGACCCAGACCACAUCUUCAGUUUCUGCCUGCGAGCAGAGGACCUAUCAACAUUCCUCGACGUUUUUGAUGAGCACCUCUCUGGGAGGCCAAGACUACAAUAUACCUUGACACCUCCAACGGUGGACGUCCAGAUCAAUCUGGUUGGAAGGUGGCAUGAACAGGCGACGUGGGCAGUGUGGUCUUUGCUGCGUACAUGCUUCAAUCGCAGAAUCAGCCGUGCGUGGAGUGUACUCCUAUAUGAAAGUGGUUGCGGUCGAGUAACAAGCAAGGACAGGCAGGGGGUGGAACGGGGGAUGGAACCGGACGGGGGUGCCGCCCCGAGACUGCGGAACGAGUGCCUUGGGCCUGUAAUUGUGGUUGAGGUAUCAGAUAGCCAAACGUCGGCGGACCUUUAUGGAAAGAUUGAAAGAUGGUUCGAGAAUCAUCCUCUGGUUCAAACAGCCAUCUCCCUUGAGCUUGACAAGACGACGAACACUGCGAGAUUCAUGUUGUGGAAGCUGGACCACAUAUCCAAAAUGGUAAGGGUACGCUUUUACAUUGACUUCUCGCCAGAGGACAAGGAUUGGGAAACUGUCAGCCAAGCCUGGUUUCUUUGUAUGGGCGAUUUCUUCAUUGACUUCCGCAGGGAGGAAACUUCAGAACAGAUUGGUAGGCUGGAAGAGACAGGGGGAAUGGCAGAGUUGUUGUGUGAUGAGCUGCCACUAUCUUUCUUUACAGAGAAUGGCAUGGACAUGAGUACUAUGCUUCCCCUCAACAAGGAAGACUGGGAUACAUUUGUGCAAGACAUAUUCAGGUGUCUGCUGAAGCAAGCUGGGGUAUAGAAUGGGACAUAGACUGGGGUAGGAGUGAGGUGGAAAACAAGUUUAUAGAAAUUCCACCAGAGCGAAAGAAAUAGUGAUGGAUUGUACUGUACUAGCCAUGGUCAUAUAUGGAAUAGAUUUCCACCUGUGGUUAGUCAGACAGAAAAUUUGGCAGUAAUGGGGGUAGCUGUUCCAAACAUGGAGCAGGGAGAUGUUGGAACUGGC